AUGGGGGCCGGGAGCUCCACGGAGCAGCGGAGCCCGGAGCAGCCGGAGGCUGGGAGCUCGACGCCGGCCGAACCCCAGCCCAGCGGCGGCGGCCCCGCGGCGGAGGCGGCGCCUGGAGCGCCAGGGGACCCGUCCAUCGCUGCCCCGGACCCGCCACCAAGGUACCUCCUACAGAAGAACGGUCAGCUGUCCACUGUCAACGGCUUAGCUGAGCAAGGAGAGCUUGGCCUCCAGGAGGAAGCUUUGAAUGGCCAGGAGGAAGAAGUCGUUGUCAUAGAUGUUGGACAGAGAGAAUCUGAAGAUGUGAGUGAAAGAGACUCAGAUAAAGAGAUGGCUGCCAACUCAGCGGUUGUUCAAGAUAUCACAAAGGAUGGGCAAGAGGAAAUGCCUGAAAUAAUUGAGCAGAUUCCUCCUUCAGAAAGCAAUUUAGAAGAGCUAACACAACCUGCUGAGUCCCAGACUAACGAUGUUGGAUUUAAGAAGGUGUUUAAGUUUGUUGGCUUUAAAUUCACUGUGAAAAAGGAUAAGAGCGAGAAGUCUGACACUGUCCAACUACUCACCGUUAGAAAAGAUGACGGUGAAGGAGCAGGAGAAUCAGAUGGGGCUGGUGACCACCAAGAUCCCAGCCAGGAGACUGGAGAAGCAAUACCCAAAGAAAGUGAGCUGAAAAAAUCGACAGAGAAACCUGAAGAGACUCUGAAACACGAGCAGAGUAGCACAGAAAUUUCUCUUCAAGCUGAGUCUGGUCAAGCAGCAGAAGAAGGCAAAGAUGGAGAAGAAAAACAAGAAAAAGAACCUACCACAUCUCCAGACUCUCCAACUAGUCCAAUGGCCAGUGAAACAGCAUCACCCUUCAAAAAAUUCUUCACUCAAGGUUGGGCUGGCUGGCGGAAAAAGACCAGUUUUAGGAGGCCUAAGGAGGACGAGCUGGACGCUUCAGAGAAGAAAAAGGAACAAGAGCCAGAAAGAGUAGGCACAGACGAAAACAAAAAGACAGACGACACCUCGGAGAAACUGGGUGCUUCUGAACAGCCACACCCACAGGAGACCACAGAGAGUGUUAACAAUGCCAGAUUAUCAGCUGAAUAUGAAAAAGUGGAGCUGCCCUCUGAAGGUCAAAUGCAGGGAUCUCCUGAAGAGAAAUUCGCCCCUUUAGCAACAGAAGUAUUUGACGAAAAAGUAGAAAUUGUUGCAGAAGUCCAUGUUAGCACUAUAGAGAAGAAAACAGGGGAGCCGAAAACUGAGGUAGGAGAAAUGGAAGAGUCCUUGCUAUCUGAAAAACUGGUUGAAACCAAUGCUGAGCUUCAGGAAGGCGAACCUGCCAAAGAGCUGGUGAAGACCAAAGCAGUGUGUGCCCCUGGAGGGGACCAUACCCAGCCAUCUGAACCAAGUCCUGAUGACAAAGCAUUGUCUACACACCCUGAAGGCAUUGUAAGUGAGGUGGAAAUGCUGUCAUCACAAGAGAAAGUUAAGGUACAAGGAAGUCCUUUAAAGAAACUUUUUACUAGCACUGGCUUAAAAAAGCUUUCUGGAAAGAAACAGAAAGUGAAAAGAGGAGGAGGAGAUGAAGAGUCAGGGGAACAUCACCCAGUUGCAGCGGAGUCUCCAGAUAGUACAGAUGAACAAAAGGGCGAGAGCUCUGCUUCAUCCCCCGAAGAACCUGAGGAGAUCACGUGUCUAGAGAAAGGCAUAGUGGAUGCCCACCAGGAGGAGGAAGUUGAAGAGGGAACUACUUCUGAUGGAGAGAAAAAGAGAGAAGGGGUUACUCCCUGGGCAUCUUUCAAAAAGAUGGUGACGCCCAAGAAACGUGUUAGAAGGCUUUCUGAAAGUGAUAAAGAAGACGAAUUAGAUAAGGUGAAGAGUGCCACCUUGUCAUCCACAGAGAGCGCAGCCUCUGAAACCCAAGAGGAAGUAAAAGGACAUGGAGAAGAGCAAAAGCCGGAAGAACCAAAGCGCAAGGUUGAUACUUCAGUAUCUUGGGAAGCUUUAAUUUGUGUGGGAUCAUCCAAGAAAAGAGCGAGAAAAGCAUCAUCUUCCGAUGAGGAAGGGGGACCAAAGCCAAUGGGUGGAGAAAGCCAAAAACCAGACGAAGCAGGAAAAGACAAAGAAGCAAGACCAGACACCAUCCCUGCUAGUUCCCAAGAGCAUGAUCAAGGGCAAGGAAGCUCCUCACCUGAGCAAGCAGGAAGCCCCUCUGAAGGGGAGGGGGUCUCCACCUGGGAGUCAUUUAAAAGAUUAGUCACUGCAAGAAAAAAAUCAAAGUCAAAACUGGAGGAGAAAAAUGAAGACUCUGGAACUGGUAUAGAACAUUCAGCUUCAGAUAUUGAACCCGGGAAAGAAGAGUCUUGGGUUUCAAUUAAGAAAUUUAUUCCUGGACGAAGAAAGAAAAGGUCAGAUGGAAAACAAGAACAAGCUGCUAUUGAAGAUACAGGGCCGACAGAAAUCAACGAAGAUGAUUCUGACGUCCCAGCCGUAGUACCCCUGUCUGAGUACGAUGCAGUGGAAAGGGAGAAAAUGGAAGCACAGGAAGCCAAAAAAAAUGAGAAGUCUCAGAUGGUUUCUGUGUCUGAGGAGCUCAGUAAGGGUCUGGUUCAUACAGUGACAGUGGCUGUCAUUGAUGGGGCAAGGGCCCUUCCCGAUAUUGAAGAAAGGUCACCGUCUUGGAUAUCUGCUUCAGUGACAGAACCUCCCGAACCAGCGGAAGAUGAAGCCAAACCACCAACUGGAGAGGUAUUUGAAAGAGAAGUCAUUGCAGAGGAAACCCCGGUUGUUACUAAAACUCUGCCUGAGAGCCAAGAUGCUGGUGAUGACACAAUCAUUAGUGAGGUGGAAUUAACCUCUGAAGCUGUGACAGCUGCAGAAACUACGGAGGCAUUUUGUGCUGAAGAAGCCACGGAAGCUUCUGGUGCUGAAGAGACCACCGACAUGGUUUCAGCUGUUUCCCAGCUGACUGACUCUCCAGACACCACAGAGGAAGCAACACCAGUUCAGGAGGUGGAAGGCAGCGUGCCAGACAUGGAAGACCAAGAGAGACGAACUCAAGAGUUCCUACAGGCGGUGGCAGAAAAAGUUAGAGAAGAAUCACAGCUGCCUGAUACCAGACGGCCAGAAGACACAGUUCAGCCAAUGCCGAAAGUAGAAUCAAAAAUACUAGAGAAGGUGGAAGAAGCAGAAGAGGAUUCUCAACUGCUAUAUCUGAAGAAAGAGAUGGAUGUAGUGGUGAAAGUAUAUGCAGAAGAAACUGAAACGGAGAAUUUGACACAAGGGAAGGUAAUUGUGCAGGCCGCCCCGGAUUGCUUUGAAAAAGUUCCUCAAGUCACAGAGGGUAUAGAGUCCAUUGAGCUCAUAACCACUUGUCAAGCUGAAACCUUGGCUGGAGUAAAAUCAGAGAUUGUACUGGAACAGGCUGUUGCCCCCGACUCAGCUGAAACUCUUACAGACAGUGAGACCAAUGGAAGUACCCCCGUUGCAGAUUUUGAAGCGCUACACAUAACACAGGAAGACAAGAUCAUGGAAAUCCAUGAAGAUAAUGAGAUUGCAUCUGUUACACAACCACAGGUCACAGAAGCAGAGGCAGUUCCUGCACUGAAAGAGAUGCCUCCAGCAGCACCUUCUGGUUUUCAGUCCCAGGAAGAGAAUAUAAAACAUUCAAAAAUGGACGAUGUUCUAGAACAUACAGAUAAAGAGAUAUCCAUGGACACUGUACCCAUUCUUUCAAAGGCUGAGGUGAUUCAAGAGGCUGGCCAGUUUCCUUCAGGUGAGGAAAUCAAAGAUGGACCAUUUCUAGAAGGACUUGAGGUGUCUGCAGACACAGAAAUAAGGGUCAGUCAGAAAGAGAUCAUUGAAGAUGCCCGUAAAGAUGAAGUUACUCUAGUUACUCUAGAAGCUGACUUUCAAAAGAAUGAUAUUGAACUCCAGAGUCAUACUCAGUCUCUUCCAACCCCAGUGGAUAGAGAGAUGAUAGUUCAAGUAGAAAGAGAAGAAAUGGAAGCAAAGCCAACCCCAGUGAAUGAAGAGAAACUUGAGCAAACACCAGCUGAAGAAGAACUCAGUAAGCAACUGGUUCAGACAGUUCAUGUGACCAUCCUAGAUGGGGGAAAGGAAGUUACCCGUUUGCAUGAAAGUUCUCAGCUAGUUCAAGAGGAAGUGAUAUGCACAGAAAUUCAAGUUCAAAGCUCUGAGGCAUCAUUACCUCUCAUAGCUGCAGCAGUGGAGGAGACGGUCUUAGGAGAAACUGUCAAGAUUUUAGGAACAGCUGCACCUUUGGAGUCUGCACGUGCACAUUUAGAACCGGAAGAAAAAUCCUCUGCAGAAGAUGAAGACUUGACUGCUCAGCGGGGGGACGUGGCAGUGCCUACAGGAACUGAGUCUCAGGCAGAAGCAACACCAGCUGGAGUAUCUGCUACCCCUGGGAAAGGCAUCGGUGCUGACCUGGAAGGAGAUGAAACCACAUUCCAGAAAGGGGAGGCAGGUGAAGACCAUGAGCAGGUUAGUUGUCAGGAAGUCAUAGUGAGUGAAACAAGAGAGGAAGAUUUCAAGGCUGAAAAGGAGAUUUUGAAACUUAAGACUGAGAGCCAUAAACUUGUCCAAAAUGUGAUUCAGACAGUCGUUGACCAGUUAGUAAGUCCAGAAGAAACAGCCACUGAUUGCCAGACACCGGCUCAACUGAUAAAAGCUGACAGCCAGAAAGCUGGACAGAAGGUUGAAAAAGAAGAAGGGGAACUUCAGGCCUCUUUAGGGGAUGAAACACAAACUGCUGCAGCCGAGGAGUCCACACUAACCACCAUGGAACAUUCAGAUAUUUCCAAAGAUGUGAAUGGAGCUGCAGAAGAGACCAUGACCAACGAGGUCAAAAGUGCCAGUAUAAAUGACCAGCAGCUUAAAGUGGUAGUUCCCUCAAUCCAGGAAGAGAGAGAAGCAACUGGAACAAAGUCUGUGCUGGAAGGUGAUGACUGUGCUGGGUUAGGAGAAAGAAUAGAGAAGUCGCUGUCUGGAUCCCAAGAAGAUGAAAGAGGUGACACUAUCGAUGACCCUGAGACCCAAACCUCAGCCCUGGAAAAUGCUGAGCCCUUAACCAAAGAGUCCCCAGAUGCAAAUGGACCCAAACUCCAAGCAGUAGAAUUUCAGGAUGCAGAAGGGCACAGCGAGUCAGGAAAAGAGAUCAAAACACAAACACAGGAGGAGACACAGAAACGAGAUAGAGAGGCAGCAACAUCAGAAAUGACAGAAUCCUAAAACAUCAUUUACACUCUUGUAUUUGCAAGACCAGAAUGUGAAGACAAGAAGUAGAAGAAGAUCAGUGCUGCUGAUGAGACUCAAGACCAAUAUUUCAGAACUUUGGGAACCGAGGAACAAGGCACAUCAUCCGAUCUCAUUUCUAGAGAACCCCCGACAAUCCUGAGGCUUCAUCAGGAGCUAUAACCACUUAACAUUUCCUCUUUUCAAGACCACCCUGUUGUUUUCCCUUGAUACCAUAUAAUGUUUCUCAUUUAAAGUCCUAAAUUCUUAACCUGGAACUGGAGUUGACAAUACCUACUUCUGCUUCUCAAACUGGAGUAUCGUUCUUUAUGUAUUUAUAUGUAUGUUUUAAGUAAUCCUCCUCCUGUAUCUAUUGUAUAUUUUUUCUUAAUGUUUAAGGAAAUGUGCAGUAUAGUACAUUUCUUUUGUAUCACACAAUAUAUGACGAGGCAUGCAGCUAUGGUGAAUGAAACCUUGGGAAGCUUUAAGCCUCCAUUAUAACCUGUGAAAACAGAGCUUCCUAGAAAUAACAUUCCUGAUCAGAAAGCUACAAUUCUUAUGUUAAAAUUCACUAAGGACUAGGUCUGUGUUUAGUACAACUCUGAAAUUGGUCACUUUCCUAUUAUGCACAGUGUGCUAAAAUUAAGAAAGCAUUUUUUUGGAAACAUACAGAAUGUUCCGUUGUUACUGUGAAAUUUUUUCUUUCUAGCCCAGUGGAAGUUGGAAGGAAGUUUUCAGUAGCGGAUUAAUUUUUUAAGUUUUUUUCUCCAAAUUGUUAUGGUUGUUUGGACAGAUGAGUGUGCUUAAUCCUGAGGCAUAGUAGUGAAAUGUUUUUCAUACUAUCAGGAAAAGAACUGACUCUUUUAAGAUUUUGAUUCUACUCUUACAUGCUGGACCAUAUUCAAACACAGCAUGAAAUAAGUCAGGUUCUUUACACAUGGUAUUUUGAUAGAUGCUGGAUUGUGUCCGUGCCAUAUUUUUGCCCACUCUUUUAAGAAUAAUGUUGCAUUAUAUUAUGUUCAUUUGGAUAAAUUGUGAUUUGACAACUAAUUGAAAUAAAACAUUUGCUUCACUUAGAUUUGCUGGUUUUAUUAGAUAUUAGAAAGCCCAGAACAUAUGUUUGCUGCAUUCUAAAAGCAGAAUAAGCUAGAACUUUGUAAUGUAGUUGCUACAUGAUGUCACCACUUUACACCUGUUUGAGUUGAUAUUCAGAGGAAAUCAUAGCAGAUAGUUAUCUGCCAAAAUAAACCAGUAGCUUUACAGAUUGAUGGUACUGAUAUCAUGCCACCAUCUGGAGGUGUCUUUCAUAAAAGGUUGAUUUUCUGUAUUAAUAUUUGUUAAUGACUAAUGUUUCUAGAAAGAAAUUUUAAGGCUUAAUAGUAAAUAUGUCUUGCCUAACAAGUGAUCUUGGAAUUUUCUUUUUAAUAUUAAAAUGAUUUAAGAUUCUUAUUGAUAGAUAAAGGAUUCUGUCAAACCAUCACCACACAAAGAACAGUCACCUAUCUACCAUAAAAUUCCACUUUUUCACGUGUAGAAUUGGUCUGGCAUAUAUACUUCGUAAAUUUUACUCAAACUCAGUACUCUAGUUUGAGAACUUUUUUGACUGCCAAUUACUGAUUUUAAAGCAUAGCAUUCUAGAAAGACUAGAAUAGUCUUAGCAGAAAGAUAAAUUGCUGUUAAAACUAGAAAGUCGUUUCUCUUAUACCAACCAACCUGACUACAAUAAAUUGGCUAAAGUAGAAGGAUACCUCAUAACAAUGUAUGGCCUUGUAGUUGGAAAACAUGUAAUAUUCUUUUUAGGAGUUACUCUCACAUAUAACCACCUGUGUUUAAUUAUUAAACUCUAAAAUUCCCAAAUUAAAACAAACAAAACCAAAAACCCUAUGAUGUAUAAAUAGCUUUCUUUUGCCAACUUGAGACUUACAAAACACGAAGUGCUGUUGUCAGUUUUUGAAGAUCAACUAAAAAGUAUUGGAGAUGACAGCGUUUGUAGGGAGUUCAUGACAGAG